AUGCGCUCCCAUCUCGACCCCAGCGAACUCGGUACCAAGCAAUACUGGGACGAAGCCUACGCACGUGAAAUCGCAAAUCACGCUCAGGACGCACAAGACGAGGGCACAAUCUGGUUCGACGACAGCGGUGCAGAAGAGAAGGUCAUCGAACGCCUAGAGGCGCUCGAAGAUGAGGGACUGCUCAGUAAGGAUGACUCGCGGAUCCUCGACCUGGGCACUGGUAAUGGACACAUGCUAUUUUCCCUCUUGGACGAAGAGUGGUCUGGAGAGUUGGUCGGAGUCGAUUACAGCGACACUAGUGUCAAGCUUGCGCGCCAGAUUGCUGCCGGCCGUAGUGAAGAGGAUGCGUCUGUCCGAUUCGAAGAAUGGGAUCUCCUCAACGACCGACCCGGAGAAUGGCUGGGCGAAGGCUUCAAUGCUGUUCUGGACAAGGGCACUUUCGACGCCAUCUCGCUGUCUUCCGAAACAGACGCACAAGGUCGCCGCAUCUGCGAGUCAUAUCGAGAGCACAUCACACCUCUCAUAAAGCCUGGACACUUCUUCAUCAUCACAUCAUGCAAUUGGACCAAAGAGGAAGUCAUGAACUGGUUUGUCGCUCCUGACGGCGAGCUGCAGUUCUUCGACGAGGCCAAGUAUCCGACCUUCACCUUUGGCGGUCAACAAGGCCAGAGCGUCUGUACUCUAAUUUUCCAACGACGCCUUGAAUGA